GACAUGAUAACAAUAAUCGCUGUGGCAACGGUAUUGUGUUAGGCAGAGGGCCAAAACAACAACGUGUUGUAUACAGGUCCAAGCAAGGUGGCGUUCAAAGACCUCAUGUGUGGCCUUUCACGCCUUCUUUCCCACUACCGUCAAGCACACCCCCAUCCUACAGAUUUCCCCUGUCAUCGACGAACCCCGAGAUAUGGCUUCACCCACGGAUUCACCAUAUCCUACUACUCUGCGGUACCUAACGCUGGAGGGCAGCGCUAUUCAGGUCGAUCCUCUAACCGGCCCUAGUCUAAAGUUCGGUCAACACAAUCGUUUCGUCAAACGGGCGUUACUCAACGCUAGUUUCAUUGACGUCAAGAAACAGCAUACCGUCGAGCAACUGUUCAACAGGAUGAUGCGCGAAAUAGAGACCAUCGGAAUGGCAGCGAAUUUCCUCUACUACGCACACGAUGACUUCGAGAGACGACUUGGAAGGACGACCGUGGAAAUGUUGCAGAAUCAAAGGGACAUGAGCGAAACAAUGCGAGCUAUAGAACCGAUGAUGGAACAUCUUGCCCAGCAAUUCGAGGGUCUCGAGCAUAGAGUCCGAGCGGUUGAGAAGCAGCUAGCGCACCUGCGCAAGCCUGGCGUAGCCAAAGGUGUGCCAACCUCGUCGAAGCCUGCAGGCAAGACCGCGGGCCACGAACACGGGGCCGAGGUCACCACGGCCACGGCCACAGCCACCUCCUUGACGAGGGGAGAGAAACAAACGAUACGGCGGUGCGGCGGGACUUCCUAUGGAACCGACCAUGCUAGAGAGAGGGUCUUCCCUGCGGUGGAUGCAGAGAUACGCACCGGUUUCCUGACCGAGAUGCUUCAGGAAAGACAUUCGCGUGAGGGAAGGCAACCUAGUAACUCCUCACGUGACGAAACCGAGGGAGAGGGAGAGGGUGUGAGCAGGAACGGAAGUGGGAAGGGGAAAGAGAAAGAGAAAGUGGAAGAAAGGGCAGCAGAGCUACUGCCAGGCGAGACACGAUUAGCCGAGGGGAUCGUUCAGAGCAUUCGUGUCUGUCAACGAGAUCUCUGGACCCGCACCUUCGCGAAUGAUAGAAUCUGCCAGGGCUUGGAUUUCUUGGAGCACAACGAGGUGCUGUUCUCGAGGGGUUGGGACGUCGGAAGGGAUAAGAUAGUCGGCGACAUGAAGCUCGCAAGUCGAUCGAUGGCUCACCUGACGCCACAUCUAGUCAAGUGCGAAGCCGCCGCACACGAGGUGGAGGCGAAACUGCGUUCUGGAGGCCAUGACGAAGUUGUGCCGCUGCUUCAAAUUCAACUCGAGAAGCCGAUGCGUGAGGUGCUGAAGUCUCUUCCCGUCACCAUUGGCCUCGAUUCGGCAUUCCUGCAGGGGUAUCAUGGGCGAGACAAUUGCGCUGACCCGGAUGAGUACGACGAGGCCGCGGAGCACUACGACGAUGUGGGAGAGGCGGAGGAAGACUAUGACGAUGUGGAAGAGGGGAAGGCAAGGGAACCGCCUGCGAACGCUAUGCCUCCGCCCAUUGGUGUUCCCUACGCGCAGACUCGGACCGUUCGAUUCGGAGAGACGUCGUUCAAUGGCGGCGUAGGUCCGAGUUGGCCUGCGCCAUCGCCCGCCAGGGCGGGGGCCGACAUUGUUGCAGGACGGAUUGGCGAUACGGAUGGGAUGACUCCGCUUCAGCUCGGAGCCGCGGCAGGAAGUGCUUCCUCCAGCCAGACCACGCACCAGAGGCGAACAAUUCCAGAGGACCCUCAGAUCACGGUGCAGCCGCUAUCCACCGCCGCUAGGAAACGCGCACGGUCUACAGAAGAGUCGGAUUCCGCGAAUGAUGCGGACGUCCUGGAGACGUCCGCUCAUGCCGAUGGGCUUGCAAAGAAGAGGAAGCUGCAAUGACGGUUAUUGAUAUUCCAGUGUUUGUUGGGCUGAGGGUUAGUAUUGGUCGACGAAUCGAGUAGACUAUGACCUGAAACCGUGAUAUAUCACCAUCUAUAAUUUCCUCGGCUCACAAUGAAUCGAAUAAAUGACGCAUUUGGAAUGUACCGGUCGUUCUGCAUUGUGAGACGGACGUUCUUGUGU